AUGGCAGCCCCCACCAUUUCAGCUGCCCAGGCUGUUGGUGAAUAUCUUCAAUCCCCGGACGACCUUGUGAAAAUAUCUGCGUUCAGAAAGAAAUUAGAGAAAGAGAAAGCCUCGAUCGACGCGAGACUCAAGACUGGCGUGAAAGAGCAACUACAAGCAACAAGGGAGGGUCUGAAGAAACUUUUAUCUACGCGCGACCAUGUUCAAGCUGUCAAGGACGAAAUGAUAACCAUCGAGAAAGAGUGCGAGGACACCUCGAUAAGAGUGGCUACAUUCGACCAGAUUAGUAGGGUUUCCAUGGUCCACCGAAAUUUUGAAUCGACAGAGGAAAUGGUGAACAACCUGCUCGAUAUGGCUUCUAGGCUGGAUGAAUUGGAGUACAUGCUCGCAUUGGACAGCCGCGAAAUUCUUGGUCCGGCACCCAACCUUCUUGUCAUUCAUUAUCAGCUCAACCAACUUGAACGGUUUCGCAACCAGACUAUGCAUCAGGCCAAGAAAGCUUCGGCGGACGCCCGCAAUACGCUGACCAGGUGGUUCGAGCGUUUGAACAAGGACAUCUCAGCAUUUGAUGAGUACAUCCUGGAGCUGGCUCGGAAUAUUAUAAAUCUUGUGCGCGCCGGUCAGUCGAACGUCGUCGUUAGAUUAAUCAAGAUUGUUGAGAUGGAAGGGAAGGAGGACGAGAAGACGCUGGUGAUGCGUUUUGUCAAGAAAGCGGCAAAACCAGAUGCAGCUUUGAAAUUCAAAUCUUUGCAAGCUGAAGCACGCGUUCUUAAACAUUAUCGUUCAAAAGUUAUGAAGACUAUAACUCAGUCUAUCCAAACUAAAGUCAACGACGCUUACGCACGGGAUGAGCAAGAUCCUACUGGUUUUCUCGACAGCCUAAGUUGGAUUUAUCAAGAUCUCAUUCGAAUCGAGAAGGACGUUAUCCCUUGUUUUCCAGCCGACUACGACAUCUAUUCGUUAUAUGUUCGUGAAUACCACAAGGCGCUGAACGUCGUCGUUAAGCAAAUAGCCGCCGCGAAGCUUGACGCUAGUGUGAUGCUAGCCUUGCACGAAUGGCUGAAAGAGUACAAACAGAGCAUGAAUGAGCUCAAUAUUUCUCCUGACCUUCUGGAGCCUCCGUUGAUGGAUGGGAAGGAACAAUCCCUCAUUGAGGAUUAUCUUCAGCUUAUCGUUUCGAAGCUUGACGAGUGGUCGACCAACCUUAUGAAAACGGAAAUCUCUGAGUUCACCAAAAGAGAAGAGCCUCCAGAGGUCGAUAGCGAUGGCUUGUAUGGGACGCAAGGGGCGGUCAUCUUGUUCCAGAUGGUCAACCAGCAGGUAGAUCUAGCGGCAGAGAGUGGCCAAGGCGCGAUUCUUGCUCGCGUCGUCGGCGAAACCAACCGAGUUAUGAAGGGGAUACAGGACCAGUGGACCAAGGUCGUCGAUGCGGAGUUCAAGAAACAGAUGGAGAAGCCCGAAGAAGUUGCAGGAGGCUUGGUCGAGUACUGCAUAGCGCUCGCAAAUGACCAAGUGAAGUCUGCGGAUUACGCUGAAGCCCUCCUUCAGCGUCUGGAGCCCCUCGUAUCUGAAAAAUAUCGAGUGACAAUCAAUGAGCGUCUGAAUGAUGCCAUAGACGGAUAUCUUGACGUCGCAAAGAAGUGCAUGCAGACUCUGAUCGAUACCAUAUUCAACGACCUGAAACCCGCCACCAAAAUUCUCUUCCAGCAGCCGUGGUAUGAUGGUGUUAUGGUUCAGAUCGUGGAAACCAUGCGCGAUUACAUGGCAGAUUACCAAAGCUACCUCAAUUCCGCCCUUCUCGAGUUGCUGACAGAAGAUCUCAUCGAUACCUUCUUGUUGACGUAUCUGAAUGCCCUUGCAAACUCUCCGAAACUCAAGAUGCCUGCAGCCGCCCAGCGCAUGAAAGAGGAUGUCAACGAGGUGUUUUCUUUCUUCAGCAAUUUGGCUCCUAAUCAGGGAGUUGAAGCCCGAUUUGAAGUUUUGGAGAUGUUACUUUCCCUUCUCGAGGCAUCAAAGGAUAUCGCUUUCCUCUCAUUCUGGGCUUUUGCCAAAGUCCAUGGUCCCAAUAUUGCUUUUGUCGAAGGCCUCAUGCGGUCUCGCAGCGACUUCGAUCGCUCGGCUGUCAACGAAAUCAUGGAAAGUAUCAAACGUAAAGUCAAAGAUGAAGGCUUGAUAGAUCCACCUGAACCCACAAUCAUGAAGAAAGUCGCCGUUCAAAACGCAUUCUCUAGGUUCCUACGGACUUAA